CCUCCGGGUGCCGGUCCGUCGGUCCUCGGGAGAUGCUGCUGCAGCCUUUGCAUUUGCUGCGCACGCGGCUACGGGUCCGUCCGCUCCACCGCCGUGGCUCCGCGGUGUCCGAGGGCGCACCCGAGCCGGGCCAUGCAGCCGGGAGCCGCGCUGCAGGCCAUGCUGUUGGCCGCCCUGCUGGCGGGGCCCCGGGGCGCCACCGGUCGCCUGUUAAGCGCCUCGGACUUGGACUUUAGAGGAGGGCAGCCAGUCUGCCGGGGAGGGACACAGAGGCCUUGUUAUAAAGUCAUUUACUUCCAUGAUGCUUCUCGAAGACUGAACUUUGAGGAAGCCAACGCAGCCUGCAGGAGGGAUGGGGGCCAGCUAGUCAGCAUUGAGUCUGAGGAUGAACAGAGACUGAUAGAAAAGUUCAUUGAAAACCUCCUGGCAUCUGAUGGUGAUUUUUGGAUUGGGCUCAGGAGGCGUGAGGAGAAGCAAAGCAAUAACACAGCCUGCCAGGACCUUUAUGCAUGGACGGACGGCAGCACGGCAACAUUCAGGAACUGGUAUGUGGAUGAACCUUCGUGCGGCAGCGAGGUCUGCGUGGUCAUGUACCAUCAGCCGUCUGCACCUGCUGGUGUCGGGGGUGUCUAUAUGUUCCAGUGGAAUGAUGACCGAUGCAACAUGAAGAACAAUUUCAUUUGCAAAUAUUCCGAUGAGAAACCAACAGCACCUUCUAUAAUACCUGGAGAUGAAGGAAUAGAGCCAGCAACACCCAUGCUUCCGGAAGACACGGGGAAAGAAGAUGCCAGAGAGACAUUUAAGGGAAACGACGAAGCUGCCUUGAAUCUUGCUUACAUUCUAAUCCCCAGCACUGUCCUUCUCCUCGUGGUCAUCACGGUUGUGUUUUGGGUUUGGAUCUUUAGAAGGAGGAAACGGGAGCAACCAGGCCCCAGCACAAAGGAGCAGCACACCAUCUGGCCCUCUCCUCACCAAGGGAACAGCCCAGACCUAGAGGUUUACAACAUCAUACGAAAACAAAGUGAAGCCGAUUUAGCUGAGACCCGGCCAGACCUGAAGAACAUUUCAUUCCGAGUGUGUUCAGGCGAAGCCACUCCUGAUGACACGUCUUGUGACUAUGACAACAUAGCUGUGAACCCCUCCGAAAGUGGAUUCGUGACUCUGGCGAGCGUGGAGAGUGGUUUUGUGACCAAUGACAUUUACGAAUUCUCCCCAGACCGAAUGGGGAGGAGCAAGGAGUCUGGAUGGGUGGAAAAUGAAAUAUAUGGUUAUUAGGACGCAUGAGAAACACUUGAACAAAUGGGAAUGCGAAAGAAAAGAGGAGCAAGCUUCUCCUGUUUUCUAUGAGGAAAAGACUCAGAAUGUCUAUGCAAAUGCUCAGAUCAGGUUGUGGGGGUGAGCAUGUGAUCUCCAUUAGCCCCCAUUGGAUCCCCAGGUUUGGCCAUACCCCUAUCCCAUCUUCUCCCCCAGAUCAACCUUACGAGAAAGCACCUUGCCCGUGGUCAGGCACGUAGUAGAAAAUAAAUAUCAAUUGAUGGGUUAUUUCUGA